ACAAGCAUAGCAAAUGAAGUGAGUCACAGGCUGCAGUAGGGAAGCAGUUUGCCUGUUGUCUCACGUCUGCUUUUUGCCGUGCUUCAGAUAUCAAUGUAACCAGCGUUUUUGGUUGUAAUGGAAGCCUGAUGCUGCAUUGGUGACAUGCUCUGCCCGACCUGAGAACAGCAAGAAGCGUUUUUAUCUCUCCCCCUCUCUAUGCGGUGUCACGCUACAUCUGGACAGCCCUCGUGCCUUUCAGCACGCAGACAGAAGUAACGCGGACUGUUUCGGUGGUACUUUCGAACAGAUCAAGCGAGUGCCCAGUUGAAAAAACAUAAGAGGGAGAAAAUCCAUAGGAAGAGCAUCCAGGGAGCAGAAGCAUCACAUCUCAAAGUUUCUGAGGAUUUGUGACAGAACAGCAUCGAUGCAGUGAUUGUUUAUUCUCACUCCCAUUUCCUCUGUUGAUCGCUCUGUACUGAAACAUCCAGUCAGGAAUGGGCGUGCUGGGAUACAGCUUGCUUGUGGUGGCACUUUUCUGUCAAAGCCAUGGCCACAGUUUCCAAAACCUCAGGACCAAGAGGUUUCAGGAAAGUGGCUGGUCAGACCCAAAUGACUGCUCCAAAACCAGACAGCCAUUUGUCCUCUCCAAUCCUUACAAUUUUUCACUGGAUAUUCGCCUACCAGGGGUGAUUCCAACAGAGUCUGACAGCUACAUCUGUAUGGCUGUUCCUGUCCCAACAUUACAUCAGGCUUACAUAGUGGACUUUGUGCCACAUGCCAGUAUGAACACUGCCCAUCACAUGCUGUUAUAUGGCUGCAAAACCCCUUAUAACACCAAAGGGUACUGGGAUUGUGGGAGAGAGCAGGGGACGUGUCGGGAUCAGCCCAAGAUCAUGUACGCCUGGGCCAGAAACGCCCCGCCAACCAAACUACCCAAAGAUGUUGGAUUUCAAGUUGGAGCAGAUUCCAGAAUUACCUACUUUGUGCUGCAAAUUCACUAUGGUGAUGUCAAUAAUUUUAGAGAUCAUCAUAAAGACUGCUCAGGACUUACUUUAAGAAUGACUUCCAAACCACAGCCCUUUAUUGCUGGCAUGUAUCUAAUGAUGUCUGUGGACACUGUUAUUCCUCCAGGAAAGAAAGUUACUAAUGCAGACAUUGCCUGUGAAUAUUCAUCAUUCCCAAUGUAUCCAUUUGCCUUCAGGACACACACACAUACUCUCGGUAAGGUUGUUAGUGGGUACCGGGUUCGAAAUGGACAGUGGACACAGAUUGGACGACAAUCUCCACAGCUGCCACAGGCUUUUUAUCCUGCAUCCAAUGCAAUUGAUGUUCAAGAUGGAGAUACGCUUGCCGCCCGUUGUGUUUUCACAGGCGAAGGUCGAACCACAGACACACAAAUUGGCGGCACAUCUAGUGAUGAGAUGUGUAACUUUUACAUCAUGUACUACAUGGACAACAAGCAUGCCAAGCCUUACAUGGACUGCAUGGAGCACGGUGAAAGUGAGUUGUUCCAGAACAUUCCCCCUGAAGCCAACGUUCCCAUUCCAGUCAGUCCAGACCUAAUGAUGUCCAUGAUGCACCAUCCAGAUAUUCAUGAAGAUGCUGUGAAAGAUUUGGAACUGCAGCAGCCCAAGAGAGAAGAAGAUAAGGUUUUGGAUCAGGGUGACUUCUUUUCGCUUCUCUCUAAACUGCUGGGAGACAGAGAUGACAUUUUCCAGGUGCAUAAGUAUAACCCUGUGAAGGCUGCCCGAGCCCAGGCACGUCUGCUGGCAGAGAUUGAUAGCUUAAUGCAAAAGAAAGACAUGGGCUGGCCAUGGUUAGGCUCCAAAGCGAGAGAGGAUGCAGUUCUGGUGAGGGACAGAGUGCACAAGUUUCACCAGUUAGAGUCCACUGUCAGACCCUCGAAGAGCAGCUCUGUCCUCGCCGGACAGCCGGCUACAGGUGCAGCACAGGGGGAGAAACAAGGUGCAGAGAGUCAUCUGAUGGAGAUGUCAGAUUGGCCUGAGGUGGAGCUGCAGUUAGGUCAGGUGUCUGGUCUGGCUUUAAACUCUGAACAGAACCUGGUCAUCUUCCACAGAGGAGAUCACAGAUGGGGAAUGAACUCUUUUAACAACAAUGGCGUUUACCAGCAGAGGUCUUUGGGUCCCAUUCAGCAGUCUACAAUCGUAUUGGUGGAUCCAGUGAAAGGCCGAGUGCUCAGAGCUUCUGGGAGAAACAUGUUUUAUAUGCCACAUGGAAUAACUACAGACAAGGAUGAUAAUUACUGGGUUACAGAUGUAGCACUUCAUCAGGUAUAUAAGCUCAGCGGUGAUGGAAAAGAUCAACAGCUUAUUGUCCUGGGAGAAGCUUUCAAGCCGGGCAGUGACAAUAGUCAUUUCUGCCAACCUACAGACGUGGCCGUGGAUCCCGUCACUGGAAACGUUUAUGUCUCAGAUGGCUAUUGCAAUUCCAGGAUUCUCAAAUUUUCACCAAAGGGCAAAUAUAUUACAUACUGGGGUGCAGGCUCUUCGGACAGGAGACGGCGUAUUCCAUUCUUGAUCCCACACAGCCUGACUUUCCUGCCGGAUAAAAGGGAGCUGUGCGUGGCCGACCGGGACAAUGGACGGAUUCAGUGCUUCAUGGCAGAGACCGGCGAGUUCGUGAAGGAGAUCAAAAAAGAUGAAUUUGGAGGAGAAGUGUUUGCCAUCGCAUACUCGCCUUUGCAAGAUGGUCUCAUCUAUGCUGUGAAUGGAGAGUCAACAUAUGGUCGAGCUGCACCCCUCCAAGGGUUUGUGCUCAAUUAUUCAACCAAGGAAAUCCUGGAUUCGUUCAGUCCAGACACACAGGAGUUUAAAUUACCUCAUGAUAUUGUAGUCACUUCAGACGGGAGCUGCUUUGUUGGAGAUGCGGCCUCAAAUUCUGUGAUGAAGUUUGUUCAGUCUGAAAAGGCAGAACAUCGCUCUGUCAAAAAAGGUGGAAUUGAGGUCCAAGAGAUUGAAGAAACAGAAACAUUUGUACAGGCCAAUCUAAAGCCGUUACUCAAGUCUCCAGUGAAGUCUUCAGAGGUAAAUGUACAGAAAAUUCAAGAGCCGCCACAUAAAGAGCUUCAUCAGCCGCUGGCAACUCCCAAAGAGGAAGAGAAAUCCAAGACGUUGGCCAAUGAGCGCGCUCAGGGAAUGUCCCCCGCUCUCAUCACCACUUUAUUGCUCAUCCCAUUGGUGGCUGUCAUCGCUCUUGCCGUCUUAAUCCGCUGGAGAAAGGGUCACAUGUACAGAGAUGAUUGUGAGGUGAAGUUGGAGCCAUCUGGGUCAACAGGUGGAAUCUUGGGUAAACUAAGAGGUAAAGCUGCAGGUUCAUUGAAUCUUGGGAAUUUCUUCGCCACCCAUAAAGGCUACACUCGCCAUGGCUUCGACAGGCUCAGCACUGAAGGAAGCGACCUGGAGAAAGACGAUGAAGACGGUACGGACUCAGAGAAUGAAGAGUACUCGGCCCCGCCUCCCCCUAUGCCAUUGUCCUAACAACUAUCUCCCGGUGAAAGCUGAGCAGUGUUCCUCAUAGCGCCGUCAGGAUGUAUUUUAAUCAUGUAUGUAAUAGUUUGUAUCAGCUGCCGAUACAUUUCAUUGUUUGUGUAAAAAUGUUUCCCGAGACCCACGACUGCCACUUUAACUUAUGAUUUUAAGAGACCACGUAGACGAAAUAGGAAGCACUGGUCGUUUUGAGUAUAAAGACAUUUAUUUUUAACAAAAGCGUAAAUGUAGAUUAUUUAUUUUGUUUUAACGAUGAACUGUUUGUUGAUUUUAUCAGAUAAUUUAUCAGACUAAUAGCAACACGGUAUAUAAUCGAUCCAGGCAUUUGUUUCAUAACAUUUUCUGUACGGUUGUGCCUUUUUGGACUCUGUAUUUCGCCUUCCGCAGCACCUACGUAUAUAUUACUACAAAUGUGCCACAUAUUUACGAGCUGCUAUUGUCACCUGUGAUUUAAGUUCUGUUUUGCUGCAUUCUACAAAAAGAGAAAAAAUAUGACAUAUUUAAGGCUGUAUUUACUACGUUUUAAAGCUAAUGUGAGGUGUCUGAUAUUUGUUGUGAUAUACUGAGGUUUUAUUGCAAGAAAACUAUUUUCAGUAACAAUGUUAUUUGUGUAAUAAAGUGUUUGCAAAGCAUUA